CGUCUCCAUUGUCUGGCCAGUAGCAGCAGCACCAGCAGCGGCGACGGCGGAGCGGAGGGGAGCGGAGCGCAGCGCCGUUGUGAGCGCAGGGGAGCUGCAUCACCGUGACCCCAAUCUCUGGGUAAAAGGGACCGCUGAUCGUAGACCACCGGACCCAACAGACAGAGCGGACGGCGACGUCAUAUAUAUAUAUUUUUUUCCAUCGACAGACCGUCAGUGUUUGGCGGUCAGACAGGUAGCAACAGUUGUCACGAUGUCUGAGAUCAGAUGAGGCCAGAGCGGCGGAGAGUACAUAGUGGCGCUGUUGUGAUUCGGGCCGGGUGGGUUAAACGCUUUGCUGCCGCGUCCCGCCUGCAAUGAUACAGCCGUCUUAAUCACCUCGGACGGCGAAGGGAGUGUUGUGUACAUCUGUUUGUCAUUCUGGGCUUUCGCCGUCGGUCUGCUCGUCAGCCAUCCCCGGUUGUGUCGAGAUUUUGUCUGCUGGUGAGGUGAAUCCAGACGUCAGGGGUGGCUCAUGUUCGGCUCAGCAGGGAAACGGGCUGUUGCGUCUGCAGAGAGUCAGAGCUGACGAGCCUGCUGAGACACACGGGCAGACAGACAGGAAGGCCGAGAGACAGACAGGAGCGAGGGGAGGGGGCGACAGCCUGUUUCGGCUCUCUCGACCCUUUGCGGAUCGAGCCGAGCCCCCUCCUGUUUCCACCCAGAACCCCCACCCAUUUGUCUCCCGCUUUGGAUGGGGGGAAAGCAGAGCACGGCGGGGCGGCCCCGGGGUGCUUUUCCCGGUGUCUCUACGGAUGACAGCGCUGUGCCACCCUCGGCCCACUUCGGCCACUACCGGCCGAGCGGCACCAUGGGCCUGCGAAGCCGUUCAGUGAGCUCUGUUGCCGGGAUGGGCAUCGAUCACAGUCCCGCCGUGCCCUUCGGCUUCUACACCCCUAGAGGGACGGACUCGGAUCGAGCUGGAGGGGGGUCAGGGGGUACUACAGCCGCCCCCCACGGUACCGGUUACCAGGACACUGGGGGCGGAGGGCAUCACACGGACGGGGUGCUCUAUCUGGGGUCCCGGGGGUCGCUGGCUGACGCCUUGCCCUUGCACAUCGCACCCCGCUGGUUCAGCGCGCACAGCGGAUUCAAGUGUCCUGUCUGCUCCAAGUCUGUGGCAUCCAAUGAAAUGGAAGUCCACUUCAUAAUGUGUCUAAGUAAGCCUCGCCUCUCCUAUAAUGAUGAUGUGUUGGCAAGGGAUGCUGGUGAGUGUGUGAUCUGUCUAGAGGAACUGCAGCAGGGGGACACCAUAGCCAGACUGCCGUGCCUCUGCAUCUACCACAAAAGCUGUAUAGACUCAUGGUUUGAGAUCAAUCGGUCCUGCCCUGAACACCCCUCUGACUGACUUACCACCAGGCCCACUAUGAAUAUACUGGUCAAGAACAUCUUGUGGUCCUGCCAUGGAUAUCUGGACACAGAUGCAACCAAAUCCGAUGAAACAAUCAAAGUGAUCAACACAUACUUAUCCUGACAGAAUCCAUCAUCCUAACCAAGAAUAGUUACUCUGAACUGAACCAAAAAAAUUGCGACUGUCAAACCAUUGUACAUUAAAGGGCUCCUCCCAAGCCCAUCAUUUUACAUCUGCUGAAGAGACUGCUCACAAACCCCCCCUUCCUUCCCCUCCCACAUUUCCAGGCUAACAGAGUCCCUCAAAGGGCUUCAUUAGACCUCAACUCCCCUUCCAACUCAGCUGUGGCCAGUUGCCUCUCUGAGGUGCUCAGGUCCUUACAGGUCUCCAGCAGCUGGCCUUCCAUCUUGUGUCUGGAUCCAAGCUUGUCAGUCAUCAGUGUCCAAACCUCCCAUGGCCUUAACUGUGGAGGAGAGGAAACAGAAGAGGCAGGGGACAAGGAUGGAAAGAAAGAAAGAAAGGAAGAAAGAAGAUGAGAAUGAAUAGGAGGAAGACACUGACAAAAGGAGGGUUGUUGAGUCGCAGAAGCUUGCUAUGAGAAACAAUCUUGUACCAUAUUCAGUGGGCCUCUCAUUUCACAAAGGACUCCAGCUUGGGGACAUCCUCUCAUAACAGAAUCGGCCCCAGUGUGCUUCUUUCUCAUAGUUCCUGCCUCAGUUCUAUGUCCUUCCUCACCAAUUAGACCCAUAAAAAUUACAUCAAAAAGUUAGAUCUGGUUUAUGUAUGCCUGGGCAGGCAGGGAGGGUUAGUGUAAAAAACAGGGAUGUCAGCUUGUCUUGUAUGUACAAAAUAGAAGGGUGAUCUAAGGAUGGCUUGGGGGUGGACAGUAGUCAUCUGAGCAUGCUCAGUUCUGACUAGGGGGGGUGAAAGGGACAGCAAUGUUGUUUACGCUCCUACUGUGUAACGUGCGGUUGGGAUGCUCCAGUGUCAGGCUUCAUCCCAUAUGUGUAUGUGCACUAUGUGUGUGUGUGUGUGUGUGUGUGUGUGUUUGAGAGAGCUUGGAAUAGUGACAAAAUAGCUUUUGAAGCCUAGUGACUGUGUGUGUGUGUGUGUGUGUGUGUGUGUGUGUGUGAGACAACAUGAAAGGUCAGUGUAGAGGGCUGACUGGGACAGUGUUGUGUGUGUUUAUGUAUUGAAAUGUUUACAGUGUAGAUGUCCAUGUUCCCUGUGUGUGUGACUGGCAGUCCUCCCUUUACUUUGCUGAUGUUUACAGCUACAGAGAAGUGACAUGACAUAUUGUAAAUUAUACAUGUAACCUCUCUCGGUUCUGCCAGAUUUUUUCAUGUGAUCGUUAUUAGUUAUUUUCUAGUGAGAAGCCUUGGGUAUGAGAGUGUGUGUGUGUGUGUGUGUGUGUGUCUCCGUGCAUAUGACUGUUUGUGCACGUGUGUUUGAAUGUGAGAUUCAUGCUACUGUUGGCUCCCUACAUUGUGUUUCUGCUAGAGUAGGUCUGGUUAAUUGCGACUGAAGACAUGAGCCACUCACACCCGAAAAAGGACUGUUGUUCCACUGUGGAUCCAGUGAAUGGGGCUUAUUUAUUCAUUUGUUCAUAUUUAACAAUAUUUGUUUAAUAUUCCAGUCAUGUGGGGUGUUACUCACUUUUCAGAAUGCCAGAGCUGAUUUAUGAAGACUACUACAAACCAAAUCAUCCAAACAAACUGCAUUUACAAAAUGCUACUGUAAACAAAUGGUGGAAUAAAUUGUGCUAGAUGACA